UUUGUCUUUUAAGAUCGUACUCCUGCCAACCUUGCACUGUGGAAGACGCAGGAAGCCCCACUUUGCUCCCAGCUUGAUGUUAAUAGAGCUCACUACGUUUCUCAUGUACAACUGGGAAGUUCUGUCCCUACGUCAUGGCGGACAGGAGGCCAGAGAAGUCAUGUGAAGAGGCCAGCGAAUCGUUAGCGAGGCGGGAGUACGAGGCGGCGGUGAGCCACUGCUCGGAGGCGCUCCUCGUGCUCGACCUGCAGCCCCCCAGUCCCCGCGCAGUGCCCCUCCGCAGUCGAGCCCUGCUCCUCCGCAUCGCCGCCCUUCUGCAGCUGAAGAACUAUGAUCAAGCAGAUGAGGACUGUAAGCAUGUGCUGGCAGAAGAACUGGCCGAGGGAGACGGCUCGCUCCAGGCGGGCCUCCACAGCAUGCUGCUGGACGGCAGCCUACAGGAAGUGUCCUCCAUUCUGUCCAAGGCACUGUUCGGGGAGCCACUGAAUGGAAUCGUGACAAAGGAUUUGACCAGACUGAAAAUGCUUCUCUCGGAAAUUGAAGCAGUAAGUAGCAAGAUGGCCUCAGAAUACACAGAAGACAACGUGGAAGUGCAAGAUGGCUGGCAGUUCCGCCCCCCGCCUCGAGGGGUGACCAGUAGUGAGGAGUACACGUUAUGUAAAAGGUUUCUGGAGCAGGGCCUGUGCAGGUAUGGGGCCCAGUGCACCUCCGCACAUUCUCAGGAGGAGCUCACAGAAUGGCAGAAGCGCUACGCUUCCAGACUCAUCCGUCUCAAACAGCAGCAGGAGAGCAAGCACUUCACCGAGAAUUACAUGGAGGCCCUCAUUGAGAAGUGGAUGAACUCCCUUUCUCCAGAGAAAGUGUUGAGUGACUAUUUGGAUGGGGUGAAUGUGGAACACAGCUCGGAUCUCUCGGUGACGGUCACCACAAAGAAAUCGUCUCACUCCUGGACGUUCUCGCUCCUAUGCAAGCCUGCCCGGUCGCUGUACCGCAUCGCCCUGCUGUACGACGCCCACCGCCCGCACUUCUCCAUCACGGCGGUGGCGGCCGGCGACGCCUCGGCCCAGAUGCUGCAGGAGGUGCCCGCGGCCUGCCAGGAGUGGACCGGCGCCGGGCUGGCCCAGAACGGCAUGGACCACUGCCUGUACACGGUGACCGUGGGCUUCAGCACGGAGAUCUUCGGCACCUUCCGGCAGACCAUCGUCUUCGACUUCGGCUCCGAGCCCGUGCUGAUGCAGAGGGUCAUGGUGGACGCCGCGUCGAUCGAGGACCUGGAGCACCUGAAGCAGGCUCGGCAGCAGCUCCUGAUGACGGCCAAGCGCUGGGACUCGUCCUGCAAGACCAUCGUGGAGUUCGGCCCCAACGAGACCAUGGAGCUGGAGAAGAGCCUGCUGGCGCGCUACCAGAUCCCCCUGUCUGCCGACCAGCUCUUCACCCAGUCCGUCCUGGACAAGAUGCUCACCCGCGAGAACUACCAGGCCCGCCUGCACGACCUGCUGUACAUCGAGGAGAUCGCGCAGUACAAGGAAGUCAGCAAGUUCAACAUCAAGGUGAACCUGCAGCUGGUGACCAGCUUCAUGCUCACGGGCAUCUCGGGCGGCGCCAAGUACGCCCAGAACGGCCAGCUGUUCGGCCGCUUCAAGCUGACCGAGACCCUGUCGGAGGACACCUUAGCCGGCAGGCUGGUCAUGACCAAGGUCAACUCGGUCCUGCUGCUGCCCCUGAACCGGGAGUGGUCCAGCCAGCUGCCGGGCGUGAAGGAGCGCGUCUACGAGGCGCUGAUCGAGGAGAAGACCAAGGAGUACAUCUUCCUGCGCAUCUGCAGGGACUGCUGUGAGGAGCUGUGUCUGCAGCCAGACCGGGAGCUGCAGGUGGAGCUGCAGUUCCAGCUGAACCGCCUGCCGCUCUGUGAGAUGCAGUAUGCCCUGGACCGCAUCAAGGACAACGGCAUCCUGUUCCCCGACGUCAGCCUGACCCCCACCAUCCCCUGGAGCCCCAACAGGCAGUGGGACGAGCAGCUGGACCCGCGGCUCAACGCCAAGCAGAAGGAGGCCAUCCUGGCCAUCACCACGCCCCUGUCCGUCCAGCUGCCCCCCGUGCUCAUCAUCGGGCCCUACGGCACGGGCAAGACCUUCACCCUGGCACAGGCGGUCAAGCACAUCCUCAAGCAGCCAGACACCCGGGUCCUCAUCUGCACCCACUCAAACAGCGCUGCUGAUUUGUACAUAAAGGAUUAUCUUCACCCGUACGUGGAAGCGGGCAAUCCCCACGCCAGGCCUCUCAGGGUUUACUUCAGGAACCGGUGGGUGAAGACGGUGCACCCCGUCGUGCAGCAGUACUGUCUGAUCUCCAGCACGCACUUCACUUUCCAGAUGCCCGAGCGGGACGACAUCAUCAAGCACAGGGUGGUGGUGGUGACCCUCAGCACCUCCCAGUACCUGUGCCAGCUGGACCUGGAGCCUGGUCUGUUCUCCCACAUCCUGCUGGACGAAGCGGCCCAGGCCAUGGAGUGCGAGACCAUCAUGCCGUUCGCGCUGGCCAGUAAGAGCACCAGGAUCGUGCUGGCGGGAGACCACAUGCAGCUCAGCCCGUUCGUGUACAGUGAGUUUGCCCGCGAGAGGAACCUGCACGUGUCGCUGUUGGACCGUCUGUACGAGCACUACCCCGCGGAGUACCCCUGCAGAAUCCUGCUGUGUGAAAACUACCGCUCCCACGAGGCCAUCAUCAAUUACACGUCGGAGCUGUUCUACGAUGGGAAGCUGAUGGCCAGCGGGAAGCAGCCCUCACACAAGGACUUCUACCCCCUGACCUUCUUCACCGCGCGGGGGGAGGACGUCCAGGAGAAGAACAGCACUGCCUACUACAACAACGCUGAGGUGUUUGAGAUCGUGGAGCGGGUGGAGGAGAUGCGGAAGAAGUGGCCGGUGGCCUGGGGGAAGCUGGACGAGGGCAGCAUCGGCGUGGUGUCGCCCUACGCCGACCAGGUGUUCCGCAUCCGCGCUGAGCUGCGCAAGAAGAGGAUGCACGAAGUCAGCGUGGAGAGGGUGCUGAACGUCCAGGGUAAGCAGUUCCGGGUGCUGUUCCUCAGCACGGUGCGCACGCGACACACCUGCAAGCACAAGCAGACCGCCAUCAAGAGGAAGGAGCAGCUGGUGGAAGACUCCACGGAGGACCUGGACUACGGCUUCCUGUCCAACUACAAGCUGCUGAACACCGCCAUCACCCGCGCACAGUCCCUGGUGGCCGUGGUGGGAGACCCCAUCGCCCUCUGCUCCGUGGGCCGCUGCAGGAAGUUCUGGGAGAGGUUCAUCUCCAUCUGCCACGAGAACAGCAGCCUGCACGGCAUCACCUUCCAGCAGAUCAAGGCCCAGCUGGAGGCUCUGGAGCUGAAGAAGACCUACGUGCUCAACCCCCUGGCCCCCGAGUUCAUCCCCCGGGCCCUGCGCCCCCAGCACCCCCAGGGCUUCAGCAAGCAGCAGCAGCAGCAGUCCCCCCCGAAGGGCAAAGGGCAGCACGCAAGCCAGGCCGAGCACUUUCCACCGGACGGAUUCGUUCAGCCCAACCCGGCGGUCCAUGGGAACCCCAUCCGGGCCUUCACCCCGCCCCUGGGGGGCGCCCCGGCCGUGGGCAAGUCCCCCAGCCCCGUGCAGCGCAUCGACCCCCACACGGGCGCCAGCAUCCUGUACGUGCCCGCCGUGUACGGGGGCAACAUGGUCAUGUCCGUGCCUUUGCCCUUACCCUGGCCCGGGUACCAGGGCCGCUUCGUGGACCCGCGCCUGAUGAGCCACCCGGCGGCCAUGGCCUACAACAUGAACCUCCUGCAGGCCCAGAACCGCGGCUCGCCCGUGCCCUACGGCGUCAGCCACCCCUCGCCCCUGGGCGUGGGCCAGCAGACCAGCCCCGACAAGGAGCUGCUGCCGGAGGCCAGCCGCAACGGGAAAAUGGACGCAGGUGUGAAAUCGGAGCAGGGCAGGCUACAGACGCCCGAGAGGAAGGCUUCCGACCUGAAAGGGAAACAGGGAGAGCCUGACCCAGGGCAGAACCGGAGCCCCGAGUCCCAGGAUGCCCUGGGCUUCCCGAGCGCCCGGCUUCACCGGAAGGACAAUCCCGGCCAGAGGCCCCUCAACUUCCACCUGGCCCCGCCCAACCCCCCCAUGCCCCCUCACCCAAACAGCAGACAGUUCCCGCACCAGUACCCCAUGCCCCGGCCCCCGUUCAGGGUCCCCCAGCAGGGCGGCCUGCCGCCCCAGCACCUGGGCCCCAUGCAGCCGCCCCCAUCCCAGAGCCAGCCCCAACACUCGGCCCAGCUCUCCCCGGCCUUCCCCGUGGGCAACCCCCCCUUCUUCCACACCCCCCUGCACGCCCGCGCGCUGCAGUCCCCCACGCUGGACGGCAUGUCCGGGGAGGCCCCCGGCCCCGACGGCAUGGCGGAGGAGCCCGGCGGCUCCCACCGGCCCCUGCCCCAACAGCUGGGCCACCCGCCGCACCCCCAGGCCCUGCCGCCGCCCGCCCGCAUGGGCGGGUUCCCCGAGGAGCACCCCGACGCCAUGCUGGGGGAGGGGCUCGACAUCCAGGAGGCCCUCAGUCAGCAGGCCCGGCUCAGCCAGUGGAGCGAGCACAACCACCUGCUGCAGGGCGGGGUGGCCUUCCCCCUGCCCCAGCACCUGGCCCACCUGGCCCAGCCCGGGCUGCGCUUCCCCCCGCAGCUGCUGCGCGCCAACUGGAGGAUGGGCGGCGGGCAGGACGAGGCCGGGCCGCCGUUCCCCAGGUUCCCCGGGCUGCUGCGGGAGAUGGCCCCUCAGGAGCCGGGCGAGCAGAGGGACCCGGCUGAGAUGCCCCCGCCCCAGUCGCGCCUCCUGCAGUACCGGCAGGUGCAGCCCUGCCCCCCCGGCGACCUGCCCCCUCCCUCCGCCAGCCCCGGCCAGGGGCCCCCGCCGGACGCCAGCCGCGAGCUGGAGAUGAUCAACAGCCCCGCCUUCCAGCAGCAGCAGCAGCAGCAGCAGCACCCCGCCUCCCAGAUGUACGCGCCCGCCUUCCCGCCCCACGCCCCCGGACACUCCACCCCGCCCCCCGUCAAGUACCUGCUGUCGGAGGGCCAGUGGGCCCACGCCGGCCUGCAGCAGAGCCACAUGCUGGGCCAGGGCUUCCCCUUCGGCCUGCCCGUCAUGGCCCACCGGCAAGAGCAGCUGCACCUGCUCCAACUCCAACAGCAGCAGCAGCAGCAGCAGCAGAAGUCCCUGCAGCAGCAGCAACAGCAGCAGCAGCAGCCGCCGGCCCCGGGGCCCGAGCCCUACCACCCGCUGUCCCCCCGGACCCUGGCCGCCUCCUCCCUGCACAGCGUAGAAGAGUAUGAACCCAGAGGACCCGGCAGGCCGCUGUACCAGAGGAGGAUCUCCUCCAGCUCGGCCCAGCCUUACCCGGACGAUUCGGGCGCCCCCCAGGGCGUCCUGACGCAGUGCAAGGACCCGCAGGACCACCCCCAUCUCUCGUACAGCUACCCAUCCGCAGAACCCUGGCCCGGCAACAGCGCCCCUGUCCCAUUCCAGAACAUUCCAUGCAAUGGAGCCAGCACACUUCCACACAGGGACCUUUUAGCGUCAUCGAAGGCCAUGCGCUCGGCUGAAGAGCACAUGAAGACGGAGGGCGUUCAGCCGCCGGGCCACUCCUUCAGCUCUCUGCAGCAGCUGGGACAGUUCCCCCCCCUCAUGCCCAACAAGCAGCCGGCCCCCGACCCCGGGGGAGGGGGGGGGGGCGCGGGCCCCAAGCCCCCCACCAUGUCCUACGCCAGCGCCCUGCGCGCCCCGCCCAAACCCCGGCCUCUCCCCGAACAGGUCAAGAAGAACAGCGACCCCCUAUCCUUAUUGCAGGAACUUAGAAUAGGCAGUUCAAACAGUACCAACGGAUAUUAUUCAUAUUUUAAAUGAGCGUAACGUAAAAUACCAGGGAAAAAUAAAAUGUACAAAAAAAUAGAAAAUUAUCCUCUGAAAAAAAGAUUAUAAAAAGAGCUUUUAGAAGUUGUUCUUAUUGAUGAUUAGGUUAUUUUUUUUUUUUGCUUUGUUUUUUUUAAACCUUAUAUUAGUAAUGCUCAGUUCUUUUACAGUUUGACAUAUCUGUGAUUAAAAAAAUAAAAUAAAACGUAUAUAUUAAAAAAAACAUAAAAUGUUGAAAAAAAAGAUUUUAAAAACACGAGACGUCUUGGUUGCCCACUUAGCUGCCUGUCUUUAUUUUUGUUUAAUGCUGUUUGUUUCAGACUGGCUUUUUUUAAAACGCUGACUUUCUCCAUCUUUACGGUCGCCUUUUUAUCAUAGCUGCAGCUGAGCGGUCAACCACAUGGUAACUGUAUCAAACAUUGUAUAGAAGUAGUUAAAGCUUUUCUCUGACCUGUACAUAUAAUGGAAAUAAACAGACCAGGUAUAUGCCAUGUGCUUAAUUUCCUGUACCACGUUAAGCAUUGACUUUAGAUUUUCUGUUGUGUUUCUGUGACAGACUAUCUUGGAUCUUUCCCCCCAUUUCCCACUGUUUGUUUUUGCCAGAUAAUAUCCGUUUGAAAGCUCAAUGACUUCAGCUGUAAAGAACCUGACAAGAUAAUCAUGAGUGAGGCAGAGACGAAAAAAAACAAAUAAAAAUAAAUAAAAUACAAAACAAAACAACAAAAAAAAAGACAAAAAAGUACAAUGCAAAACAAGCCAAAAGAACACAAAUCAUGAAAGCCUGCCUGAUCCUCCUCUCGCCCCCCUCCCACUCAGAGUUCCCCCUAAAACAUGGGCGGGCGAAGGAGGGCCAUCAGCCCUGUGUCUCUCCUGCUUCCUGUGCGCACCCUUUUGCUUCCUCCGUAAUCCUCCAGUCAUCUGGAAACAGGCAGCGGCCGUUAAAGACCAGUGCUGUCCGUCUUCAUAGGUCUGUGGAUUGUCCCCAGAUAGAGCUGCACACGCCCUGUCAACAGGCCUGGAGAGAGUGACACGUAUACGUGACCUGUAAUAGCUUGGUCUGCUAUGUUGGGUGGUUCUGUAGAGGUGAAUGGCUGAGGAGCUGCUGAGAGGUGUGGAAGGUGCAGAGGAUAGGGGAGUGCGGUGACUGAAGUGCAUUGUGGGUAAAGUGGGCCUGGUCCACCUGCGGGAGGCUUGUGCUGGUGGCCUCUGUGUCUGCUGGAUUGCUCAGACAGACUAGGUUGGUCUGAAGCGAAAAGGAACGUUUAGAAGGGGAAAGCUAUUCUAUCUUAAUUUUUCUUUUUGUAUAAUACGCAUGUCACGUUGAUGAACACAGCGAGCUCAGAAAGUGUGCGUCGUGGCUAGCUGAUGUUACCCUGUAAGAACGAUGGGCGCCAGUCGAUGUUUCCAGUUUUAUCGCGAUUCUAACGUUCAGUUUUAAAAUGAAUUUAAAAUAAAAAUGCCCUGAGCAAUUUUCACGGGGCAUUGUGCUUUGAAGCGUACUGCACGGCCGAACAGUCUCGUAUUGAAAGAUUUAACAACUUAUACUGGAGUAAAAUGAUUUUUCGAUCGCGUUUCUAAGUCCGUUUUGGUUAGAAAUGUUUCAUUUCGCAGUUCGUUUAAUUUUGAACUUCAGGAUACAUUCACUGGGCGGUGCACAGCGUUUGUGUUCGUAAUAUCUAUUGCAUUCCAAGAGGUGGGGUUUGUAUACAGUGUAGAGACGUAUUAUUCAUUCGAAGAACUGCUUUUAUUUCAAAUUGAAGUUAUAUUUUGUCUCUAUGUGGGCCCAGCCCCUGCCUGUUGGGGUUCUGUGAGAGAUAUUUCCAGUGUUGUCACUGAAAUAACAUUUUCUCUCUCUUUGGCUUGUUUUCGCACUGUUCUAAAAAAUUUAAAAAAAUUAUCAUUUAGAAUAUUAUUAUUAUUAUUAUUAUUUAGAAUGAAAUUAAAUUCACAUCAACUAUCAAAUCUGUUCAAAAUGCUUGCUGUUGAAAUACACCCUGCUUAUGCCAUCUGGUGCAGUUUGUUACUUUUGCAUUGUUUCUAUGAUAUUGGGCAGAGCAGCCAGUAGUCACUUGUCACUUUUGUUGGGGUCCGAAAGAUGAAAAGUGACUAAACGUCUGGAAAAACAAUGCUGCAGGUUAUUUUUGAAGGAAAUCUUUUCUUGCAUAGGGUCGUAAAACAACAAUCGAAGGAAUGAAACGCCUGAUAUUUGGCUGUCAUUUAAUUUCUCAUUGUCUGGAUUCAAGAAGUUAUAUGCUUUUAGUUAAUCACAAAAAUAUCUUUCUGUAAAUAGGCAUUUUUUAGGUCUUUACAAACAAGAUAUAAAGGGGCGCCUCACUUUUCUAGAAGCUGUUUAAAGAGGAAGAGUGCCCUUUUUAAUUAUGCAAAUUAAAAAAUAAAAAACUACAAAAAUUGACUAACACCAACGGUCUGUCGGCACGGGCAGGAUCUCUGAGAGAGAGAGAAGUUUUUAAGUCAUUUUUAUAAAAUCCGGUGUUGGGCAGCUUUUCAAAGAACAUUGUGUUGCAGGCAUAUAAUUCUCUUGUUUUGUUCAUGUAGAUCAUUUAUUUUUAAAGUACUGUUGCUGUUUUAUUUCUCCCUGUUUUUAGUUUUUGGUAAUAAAUCAUGAAUGGAGAACAUUUGUCUUUCAUAGGUGCUUUGUGAUUUCAAUGAUCAAUUUUGUGAGAACGUACUUUUUCCUGUGCAUGUCAGAGUGGCCUGGCUAUUUUCUUUCACUUCUCAAAAAAUAUACAAAGUUGUGCAGCAUUCAAAUUUCUGUUGUCUCCCUACAAAGUCAGAUUUUGGUAUAUUAUUUGAUGUGUACAAUAAAUUGUGACAUAAUUAAAAAGAAUGGUAAUAUUUUACUAACAUUCAUGUUGUUGAAUAAUGCAAUAGUUAUGUACAUUUUUUAUUUCCUGUUAUUAUAUUGCUGGGCAAAAGCUGUUCCACAGUUGACUUGCCAAUGCAAUGGCUUAAACUUUUAAUCUCUCAGCAAAAUUCAUUUCUGAAAGUGUACAUCUUAUUUGCAUACUGAACACGACCAGAUGUCUUACCUUCAUUGUGUGCAUAUAUUCUUUUGCUGAAGAUGCAUGGCGGAUUAGUUAAUACUCUCCUGCGGUUUCAUCCACAGUCGAAGCAUUUGACUAGUUUAUUUUUUAGAAAUCGAAUGCCUAUUAUUUUGGAUUCUCGCAUCUGCCUUUUCUUAUAGUUGACUUUUACCUCUGGAGGCAGUGUGACCAGCUCAGCUUAUUUCUAACUUGUCUAUCAUUCUGUGAUUAACCUGCCAUACUCCCGUUAUAAGCUACAAUGGCUGUAGUCAUAUUAAUAGUGCCCUUUUCAAGCCAUUGUUUUAAACCUGGAGAAAGUGCAAGAGCUUGCCCUCCCCCCACAUCACCAGCGUUUAAACAUGGCUGUUGUCUAUAGGCCAGUACCCUAACUUCCUGUCCUUACUUCCUGUUCCUACGACCCGGCUCCUUACCCUACACUGACCUUAUGAAGUGUCUAUCAAUACCUAUGUAUAUGCAUUUAUAUGUGCGUGUAAGUGUACGUUUGUCGGUGUGUAUGUACAUAUGUGUGUGUAUAUAUUUAUGCAGGUAUAUAAGCAUAUUAGCACUGCCUAAUCUGUGCAUCUGUAGUUUUAAAGAGCUGACACAGUUCAGCACUUAUUGUAGGGAAAGCUGUUCUGAUGUUAGCCACAUACUGCCUCGAUCAAAAGUACAUGCACAAUCACUCAAGCUGACCAGUCUGUAGGCCGUGUUGGUUUGGUUUCUUGCGGAAGAAGCGUGCAGUUUAUAUAACAGCGCCUCCUUUUGGUUAGGGUCUCACAUAACUAUACUAUUAAAUAUUCAUUAUCCUGUCUGCUUUUGUGCUUAGUCAUGAAAGAAAAAAGAAAAAAAGAGAAGGUGAACAUUGCUGAGAGAUUAUUAUCAUUAUUAUUAUUCAACUUUGAACUGUGUCUCUUGGUAAAUAGGUUUUAAUGUGGAUUAAAUGGCUGGAACAGUAAUCCAUCUGUACUGCAUGCCUGUGUGAAGGAAUCAACCAGUUACUGAAAUCUGGUGCAUGCUGAACCAUCGCAAUCCACUUGGUCAUCAAUUGAUUCUUGCUCCUUAUUGGCUGGUCAGCGAAUGGAAGUGGUUUUUGCCCGGCCAUUGGUUAAGAGCACUGUGUUCUGCCGUUAGUGACAUCACGUCCUCAUCUUCAGCUGUCCACCAUUUUGUCUCUCCAGUCUUUUCCCCCUAAAUUUAAUGGCACCAUCAUUCUUCCCUUCAGUUUCCACGCAGUGGUUAAAAUAAUAAAUAUAUUUAUUUCUUUUUUCUUUUCUUUUUUUUUUUUUGCUUUUAUUUGGUGAUGGUUAUUUUGAUGAUUUUAGGCUGUGAUUAAAAAAAAAAAAAAAAAAAAGUUAAAUUUUGAUUUGCUUUUUUUAUUUGUUUCUCUAUUAAAGUGUUUUUAUUGAAA